UGCAUUGCGCGUACGAAUGACAGUUGAAUUGACAGAUUCACAAAAUAAAAGACAAUAAUUGUGUAUCGUUGAUCUUAAGAGGUUAGUUUUCUUACAAAGAGAGGAGCAUAUUUAAAAUAAUUAAAGAAAUGACUAUUUCAUCGGGAUUUAUUUUAUAUUUAUCCAUUUGCGGUGUAACCCUAGCUUACAGGUACGACAGAAGAGAGUGUCUCCCUCCGCCCUGCGCCCGACCCCCAGACAAUUGUCGUCAGGAAUUUGUUUAUGAGUACGUGAAUGGUCAGAAAUGUCCAGUGUCCUGUAAGCUUGUCUGUGAUCAGGAAUGUCCCACGCCUUCCCAGGAAUCCCUGGAUUUCUGUAACAACACCGACCCCCUCUGUUUCGCGGAGAAAGACUUCAUUACCUUACCCGAUGGAAAGCGGUGCUUUAAUGGAUGCGUCCUAGCUUGUCAAGUACAGGGCUGAUUAUUUUUGCUUUUUUUAUGUAACAUUUAUUACUCAAGCAUGAAAAUCUAGGCAAUAGUUUUUUUUUUAUGUUUUGAUGUUUUGAACAUAUGUUUAUCUUUGUAUUUUUAAAAUUUUCAAUUUAUAAAUAAGUAAGUGUGCAGGAGAUUUCAGCUGAAAUGUUGGAAUAAAUGAGAAUUCAUAAAUUUAAA